AUGGGUUUUGAGGUGUUCCUAAGUUUCAGGGGAUUAGAUACUCGGUGCAACUUUACUAGUUGCCUCCAUCAUGAAAUGGUGGAGAAAGGAAUCCGUGUAUUCAAAGAUGAUAAAGAGCUCCAAACCGGUCAAAAGAUUGAGGGAAAGCUUUUACAAGCCCUCAACGACUCUCAAAUCUAUAUCCCCAUCUUCUCUAAGGGCUUUGCUUCCAGUCCGUGGUGUCUCCAUGAGGUUGUACAUAUGGUAAACUGCACUUCAAAGUCGGAGGGGAAGAAGCAGAUUCUUCCUGUUUUCUUAGAUGUGGAGACAGAUGAUGUGAAGCUGAAAACCAAUUUGUACAAAGAUGCCCUGUCUAACCAUAAGGAAAAGUAUGGCCCCGAUCAAGUGAAGUGUUGGGAAGAUGCUCUUGUUGAGGUUUCAACUACAGUAGGUUGGAAGCUGGAAGGAAAAGUGUAA